AUGGGACCGCAUGAAUCGAAGCGUAACUUGAUCAUCGUGUCGAAUAGACUGCCGUUGUCGAUCAAACGCGUGGAUGGCACGUAUCAAUCGUCGAUUUCGAGUGGCGGGUUGGUCACCGCAUUGUCGGGGCUGACCAAGUCGACCGAAUUCCGAUGGUUUGGCUGGCCCGGUAUCGAGGUCAAGGAUAGCAAGGACAGGGAGGAAGUGUGCAAGAGCUUGGAUGAACACGAUGCGACACCGAUCUUUUUGGAUAGCGGGUUGGCGCACGAACAUUAUAAUAUGUUCUCGAAUCGAAUUUUGUGGCCAAUCCUCCAUUAUCAGUCGGGCGUGGUGUAUGAAGAUGGACCGUGGCAGGCGUAUCGAAGAGUCAAUGAGUUGUUCGCCGAUGCAGUCGCCGACGCAGCAGAGCCCGGAAGCCUGAUUUGGGUGCAUGAUUAUCAUUUGAUGUUGUUGCCGGAAUUUCUCCGCAACCGACUCCAGACGAAGAAUAAACGUUGUGCCAUCGGGUUUUUCCUCCACACGCCAUUCCCAGCUGGUGACUUUUGGCGAACGUUGCCAGUCAAGAAACACUUGAUCGAGGGAUUGUUGUCGAGCGACUUGAUCGGGUUUCACACGGACGAGUACAAGCAGAACUUCAUCGACACCUGUGCCAGUAAUCUCGGAGCACAUACCGAGAUUCCAAACCAGAUCCAGUAUAAAGACCGGUUGAUAUGCGCAGGUAGAUACAUUGUUGGUAUUGACCCGCACAAGUUUGCAGACACAUUGCAGAAACAAGAAGUCCAAGACCGUAUCAAGACCCUUGAAGAGCGGUACAAAGGGAUGAAGGUCAUUGUGGGAGUCGAUCGACUCGACUAUAUCAAAGGCUUGACGCAGAAGCUGAAAGGCUUUGACUCGUUCUUGGAUGACCACCCGGAACUGCGGAACAAGGUUGUUCUCAUCCAGGUCGCGGUCCCAAGUCGUGAAGACGUGAAAGAGUAUCAAGAACUAGAAACAGAACUUAGUACAUUGGCUGGGAAGAUAAACGGCAAGCACGCCACCCCCGAGGGAACACCGUUGUUGUACAUGCAUCGAUCAGUGCCAUUCACAGAGCUGACUGCACUGUAUUCUGUAGCAGAUGCAUGUCUGUUGUCAUCGACGCGGGAUGGCAUGAACCUCGUUUCUUUCGAAUAUGUGGCUUGCCAGGACAAGAAGAAAGGCGUCCUCGUACUCUCAGAGUUCGCGGGGUCAGCAACUUUCAUGAGAGAUGGCAGCAUCCCCUUCCAUCCAGCCAACACGACUGAGAUGUCAGAAGCUCUGUAUGCCGCACUGAACUUGGGCGCGGAAGAGCGUCAGCAAAAGCAUGAGUUCUUGAGAGAGUUUGUGAAUACACAUACCAGUGCGAAGUGGGGUCAAACCUUUAUAGAGAAGCUGGCUCAGCGAUGCGGCCAGCCCAAAGAGCCAUGUUGA